AUGAAGACCAAGUUCUGCACCGGGGGCGAGGCGGAGUCGUCGCCGCUUGGGCUGCUGCUGAGCUGCGGCGGCGGCAGCGCGGCCUCGGCGCCUGGCGUAGGGCCGCCGCGCGACGCCGCCAGCACCCGCGAACCUAAACCGCCGGGCGGCCGGCAGCCCCCGCCUGCACCCCCUCCGCCGCCGCCCGCCGACGAGCAGCCCGACCCCCGAACACGGCGCCGGGCCUACCUGUGGUGCAAAGAGUUCCUGCCCGGCGCCUGGAGGGGCCUCCUCGAGGAGCAGUUCCACAUCAGUAUCAUCAGAGGCGGCCUCAGUAACAUGCUGUUCCAGUGCUCCUUGCCCGAAACGAUGGCCACUGUCGCUGACGAGCCGCGGACCGUGCUGCUUCGGCUCUAUGGAGCGAUUCUCCAAAUGAGGUCCUGUAAUAAAGAGGGAGCCGAGCAAGCUCAGAAAGAAAAUGCAUUUCAAGGGGCUGAGGCCAUGGUUCUGGAGAGUGUGAUGUUCGCCAUUCUUGCAGAGAGGGCUCUAGGUCCCAAACUCUAUGGGAUCUUUCCCCAAGGCCGCCUGGAGCAGUUCAUUCCGAGCCGACGACUGGACACUGAAGAAUUAAGUUUACCAGAUAUUUCUGCAGAUAUCGCUGAGAAAAUGGCCACGUUUCACGGUAUGAAAAUGCCAUUCAAUAAGGAACCAAAGUGGCUGUUUGGAACAAUGGAAAAAUACCUAAAUCAAGUGCUGAAAAUUAAAUUUACCGGGGAACACAAAGUGAAACUGCACCAGUUCCUCAGUUACAAUCUGCCUUUAGAAAUGGAAAACCUGAGGUCCUUGCUUGAAUCCACUGCAUCUCCAGUUGUGUUUUGCCACAAUGACUGUCAAGAAGGUAACAUCUUACUGCUGGAUGACCAAGGGGGCUCCGAAAAGCAGAGGCUGAUGCUCAUCGACUUUGAAUAUAGCAGUUACAAUUACAGGGGAUUCGACAUUGGGAAUCAUUUCUGUGAAUGGAUGUAUGACUACACCUAUGAAACGUACCCGUUUUUCAGAGCAAACAUCCUGAAAUACCCCACCAAGAAACAGCAGCUCCAUUUUCUUUCUCAUUACUUGGCUGCCUUCCAAGGUGAAUUUGAGAACCUCAGUAAUGAAGAAAAGUCCACUAUAGAAGACGAAAUGUUGGUUGAAGUCAACAGGUUUGCCCUUGCAUCCCAUUUCUUCUGGGGACUGUGGUCCAUCGUACAGGCCAAGAUUUCAUCUAUUGAAUUUGGGUACAUGGACUAUGCCCAAGCAAGGUUUGAUGCCUAUUUUGACCAGAAGAGGAAGCUCGGGGUAUGA